AUGAGGUCAUUUAAGAAGAUUCCUUCAAGCCCAGGGGGGGCAAGUAAAGGUGGUGGAGACGAACCCGGGAAGCUGCAGGAGCAGGAAGAAGAGGAAUCCCAGGUUUUGCACGGAACAGGCCACUGCAAAUGGUUCAAUGUGCGAAUGGGAUUUGGAUUCAUCUCCAUGAUAAACCGAGAGGGAAGCCCCUUGGAUGUUCCGGUCGACGUGUUUGUACACCAAAGCAAGCUAUAUAUGGAAGGAUUUAGAAGCCUAAAAGAAGGAGAACCAGUGGAAUUCACAUUUAAAAAAUCUUCCAAAGGCCUUGAAUCAAUACGGGUAACAGGCCCUGGAGGGAGCCCCUGUUUAGGAAGUGAAAGGAGACCCAAAGGGAAGACACUGCAGAAAAGAAAACCAAAAGGAGAUAGAUGCUACAAUUGUGGUGGCCUUGAUCAUCAUGCUAAGGAAUGUAGUCUACCUCCUCAGCCAAAGAAGUGCCAUUACUGUCAGAGUAUCAUGCACAUGGUGGCUAAUUGCCCCCAUAAAACUGUUCCACAGCAGCCCACUAGUUCUCAGGGAAGACAUGAAGCAGAACCACAGCCAUCCACUUCGACUUUUCCCCGAGAAGUGGGAGGAGCCUAUGGCUACUCAUCUCCAUCGUAUUCUCAGGAGGGCCGAUCUGAAAUCUCAGAAUGGUCAGGCAGGUCACCUCAAGAAACUUCCUCGAGUAAGCUGUCCACCUCACCUGAAGAACAAAGCAGAAAGGGGCCUUCUGUUCAAAAAAGGAAAAAAACUUAAAGCUUUUUUGUCAUCAUUUUUUUUUUUUACCCAAUUGGGAUGUCUACCUCAUGCAAGUACAGGGGAAGUAAUUUUACCAUCAGCAGCUGACCUGAAAUUUUGACUACUGUUGAGGAACUGUGAAAUUUUUUUUUUAAACAGACAAAUCACUCUAAGCAAAUUAUAUUUAAGCAGGGUGUCAC